AUAACGACUGUUUGGGAUUGAGGGUUGAAAAGUGCAUGUCACACCAAUACAGCUGUCGCUGCUGCCGACAGGAUAUUCGACCAGCCAGGAUAUUUUGCCUUCAGCAGCAGGUCGUGCGGUCGUCGACAGUUCAACUUCAGUUUGCUGUGCCACUGCAACAUUCAGUCAGUUCAACGCUUUGUGGCAACGUGUGCGGCUGUAAAAAUUUCGUCUCCGUUAGUUAGUUCAAUUUCAAAACGGCAACGUGCGGUUGUUUUCAAAACUUAGAAGAGAAAUUUUGAUUUUUUUCAAAGCGCCUGCUAAUGGAAGCGUAUAUACGACAAAAGCGCGCCUCGCCGGGCAUGGUGCAGGCAAGUGACUUACAAAUAACCCGUCCCAUGUCGGGGCUGCGCACAUCAACGGCCACCGGCCGCGAGCUGCAUGCCUACGAUGGUCCAAUGCAAUUCAUCAGUUCGCCACACAAUCCCGAUCAAUUAUUAAGUAACACCACCGGCGUCACAGCUACGAAUACGAAUGCGACCACCGUCAACGCCAGCCACAAUGCAACCAGCACGAAUGGUCGUCAGCAUGGUGUCAGCUUUACGAACAAUAUGCGCCCGCGGACAGCCCAGAUGACAGGACAUAUCAUCAAUCAGGAUGAUUUAAUCGAAGAGAUUUCCUCACACGAACUCGAAGAUGACGAAAGCAGUCCCGUCAAUCAUGUGAGCAGCAAUGGGCAACGACAAAAGCAACGCCAACAAUUACAACAACAUCAACAACGCUCAUAUAGUCACGAUCAGGAUAGCAGCACAUUGGACGAAGAUGAUUAUGUGAAUCGGAAUAUCGAGGAAGCGGCACCCAUCAUGCCAUUGAAUCACAGCAUUGCCAAUAGCAUCGCAUCACAAACCAACACCACCACCAAUUCGAUCGCCGGUGCACGCAGCACUUCGGCGCACUCGACCGGCGCCGGUUCGGCUAAUAACACUGCCAACUAUUCGAACAGUGCGCAGCAAACCAACUCGUCAGCGGAUGCCAGCGGCGAACCGGAAGGUGAUCUUGUCGGCAACAUCGAACAGUUCGUCAUGCAGCCAGCGUCACAGGGUGUGCUUUUCAAGUGUCGCAUAACGCGCGAUCGCAAAGGCAUGGAUCGUGGCCUAUUUCCGAUCUAUUAUUUGCAUUUGGAGCGCGAUUACGGCAAGAAAAUAUUUCUCUUGGGCGGACGCAAGCGAAAGAAGAGCAAAACAUCCAAUUAUAUUAUCAGCUGCGAUCCCACAGACUUGUCACGUAACGCCGAGGGUUUUUGUGGAAAGUUGCGUUCGAAUGUGUUCGGUACCUCCUUUACCGUGUUCGACAAUGGCAGCAAGGAUAGCACGGAAAAUCCACGACUCGAUUUGGCGGUUAUCAUCUAUGACACCAAUAUCCUCGGUUUCAAAGGUCCACGCAAUAUGACCGUGAUACUGCCCGGCAUGACGGAGGAAGAUCAACGCGUGAAAAUCAGCUCAGCCGAUCCCAAACAACAGGGUAUACUAGACUUAUGGAAAGUUAAGAACAUGGACACCAUCGUUGAGCUGCACAACAAGACGCCCGUAUGGAACGAUGAGACACAAUCGUAUGUCUUAAAUUUUCACGGGCGCGUCACACAAGCAUCGGUUAAGAAUUUCCAACUCGUACACGAUUCGGAUCCCGAUUAUAUAGUCAUGCAGUUCGGGCGCACCUCCGAAGACGUCUUCACCAUGGACUAUCGCUAUCCGCUGUGCGCGCUGCAAGCGUUCGCCAUAGCGUUGAGCAGUUUUGAUGGCAAAAUCGCAUGCGAGUAGAAGAGCGAGAGAGGCUGAGCAUACGAUAAUUAUUGUGAGCGCACGGCCGUGGAGUGACAGUUUUGCGCAUGCGCGUGCAAAGACAAAAUUAUGCUCAAAUUUAUAAGCGUUCAGCAAUAACUAUAGUAUUUUAUGUAAAUGUAAAUGUAAAAUCAAAAAAACUUAGCACAAAAGAGUACGGUAAAAAUCAAAAAAGUGCAUGAACUCAAAAACAAACGGUUGCCUUAGUUGAGAGCGUUCGCAAGGCGCGCUAGAAUAACACCCACAAUUGUAUGUAUGUAUUUAUGUGGUGUGUCUGUACAUCAUGCACCGACUUGAUUAACACUAAUAUUUUUUUUUAUAAAGCAAUUAAGAGUACAAGUGAGUGUUAGUUGCGUAAACAAAGAGAAAAACAUAUACAGACCAACAAACAUUUAUAUAUAGGUGGCAUAUAAAAAAUUCGAGAAGCAUCAAAAAUACAUUAAAAAUUGUCUGGCAGACUAACGGACACAAUUUUUUUAGUUCCGAAAUUGAGUUUGAAGAGGCAAAACUUUCAAAAAUAAUUUUUCGUAUCACUAUUAUUAAAGCAUAUUUUAGUUUGUCUUAGUGUUUCUACACCAAAUACUUAGCGAGUACUCCAUACAACAUUUUCAAGGCUAUGAACUUAUAUAUUGGUUAGUCGAAAAAGUCUUUUCGUAUUUUGUAUUAUGUCGAUGCAUAUGUCUCCAGUGUUACCAAUCACAUUGUCAUAUCAUAUCAUAUAGCGUUGGAAAGAGGAAAGUUGAAAAAAGUUACAGCUGUUCAAAAAUGAGUGAAAAUAUUGGAGAAAUUCGCUAUAUUUUGCAAUUUUUGUACAAAGAAAGGUAGAAUGCCACCAGUGAAAUUUGUGAAGUUUACGGAGGCGAUGCUGUAUCAGUUCGUCUAGCACAACAAUGGUUCGCUCGCUUGCGUUGUGGAAAUUACGAUGUGAUAAAGUCUCGCUCUGGUCGACAUAUCGUUGAAAAAGUCGAUGAGAUUACGAAAAAGAUUGACCAGGGGCCCUAUUCUGUAACUCGAUUCGUUUUUGCUUUCUACAACUCAAAAGCUAUCGAAUAUUUUAUCCGAAAAUUGGCUUGAAAAUCCGAAAAUCGAGUUGUAGAAUAUACGAAUUCCGAAUUCCAGUAAAUUUUUUUUCGAAUCGAGUUACAAAAUAGGCCCCCAAGACCGUCACAUAAGCAGCUAUGACAUCGCUAAGGAAUUCCACAUUCAUAAUUAAACGGUUUUGGAUAAUUCAAAAAAGACUGGCGACGAAAAGAUCUCGAUGUUUGGGUACCACAUGAAUUGUCUGUGAAAAAUGUAAUGGACCGAAUUAAGAUCUGCGAUUCUUUGCUGAAACGAAAUGAAAUUGAACCAUUUCUGAAGCGAAUGGUGACAAGAGACAAAAAGUGGAUUAAAUACCACAAUUAUGUGCGAAAAAGAUCAUGGUCCAGGCGUGGUGAAGCUCAACAAAUGGUCGCAAAGCCAGGACUGACACUUCGAAAGGUUAUGCUGAGUGUUUGGUGGGAUUGGCAAGGUAUCAUCCACUAUGAGCUGCUCCAGCCUGGUCCCACGAUUGAUUCUACAUUUUACUGUCAACAACUGAAGAGAUUGAAGCAAGCAAUCGAAAAAAACGGGCAAAACUGGUCAACAGGAAGGGCUUCGUCUUCCAUCAGGACAACGCUAGACCACACACAUCUUUGAUGACUCGGCAAACACUGGAAGAGCUUGCCUGGGAAGUUUUGAUGCAUCCACCAUAUAGCCCUGACUUUGCACUAUCGGACUACCAUUUGCUUCAGUCAAUGCAGAACUUUCUUAAUGGAGUAAAGUUGGUUUCAAAAGACGCCUGUGAAAAUUACUUGUCGCAGUUUUUCGUCGAGAAACCAGAAAAGUUUUACACUGAUGGCAUAAUGUCUCAAGGGGAAAAAUGGCAAAAAGUGGUCGAUCAAAAUGGUACAUAUUUGCUUCGUUUAAGUUCAUUUAAAAUAUAAAAAAAUUUGUUUAGAAAUUAGGAAAGACUUUUCGACUACCCAAUAUAUAUUUUUGAUAUACAUACAUACAUAGUCCGAUUUAGUCAUGUCCGCUCGUCUGUAGUCUCUCAGUUUUUGAGACAUCGAUCUAAAAUUCUACACACGCCCUUUUCCCUCCAAGAAGCUACUCAUUUGUCGAAACCGUCAAUAUCGAACCACUAUAGCAUAUAGCUGCCAUACAAACUGAACGAUCGAAAUCACGUUUUUGUAGGGAAAAGUUUUUUAUUCGAGAAGAUUUCUACACGAAAUUCGGCAUAGGUUAUUCUUUAAGGCAAUAGUGUAAUCUCCGAAGAAAUUAUUUAGAUCGGACCACUGUAAAAUAUAGCUGCCAUACAAACUGACCGAUAAAAUUAUGUGCUUGUAAAGAUUCUUUUGCAUUUGUGAAGGGUAUUGUAGCUUCGGCGCAACGGAAUUGAAAAAAUGCCUUUGAAGCAAGUCGCAACACAAAUAUUGAACACUCUUUCGCUCUCUCUUUCUCACUCUGAAACAAUUCGUAUUACUACAGGGUGUUGCACGGCUCAAAUAUUUUCACUAACCCUUUCUAUAACGAAAUUGCUGUCUGACUGUCUCAUACUAUUCUAAGCGAACAAGGUUUCCUCAAUGAAUAUAUAAGUAUUUCACCAUAUAUUAUUUUCGAAUUAAAUAUAAAUUCUUAAA